GCUGCGCGGGCUGGAUGGGCAGCUGGUGAGCGGGUCUGGGGACGCGAGUCCCCGAGCGCUGCUGCCCAGAAGCUGCUGCCCCCACGAUGAACCGCGCCAAGCCCGCCACGGUGCGGCGGCCGAGCGCCGCGGCCAAGCCUUCCGGGCACCCGCCGCCCGGGGACUUCAUCGCUCUGGGCUCCAAGGGGCAGGCAGGCGAGUCCAAGGGGGCUGCAGCCCUGCUGAAGCCGGCGCCCGCUGGCCUCCCCUCUGAGCGCAAGCGCGAUGCGGCCGCCCUGGCCGGGGCCUCGGCGCUCACCGGCCUCACCAAGCGCCCCAAGCUGUCCUCCACGCCCCCGCUGAGUGCCCUGGGCCGGCUGGCCGAGGCGGCUGUGGCUGAGAAGCGCGCCAUCUCCCCCUCCAUCAAAGAGCCCUCGGUGGUCCCCAUUGAAGUCCCGCCCACCAUGCUGCUGGAGGAGAUCGAGGCCGCUGAGCUGGAGGGCGAUGACGGCCGGAUCGAGGGUGUGCUCUGCGGGGCCGCGAAGCAGCUGAAGGGCUCGCGGGCCAAGCCCGAUGGCGCCCUGUACCUGAGCCUCAUGUACCUGGCCAAGAUCAAGCCCAACAUCUUUGCCACCGAGGGUGUCAUUGAGGCUCUAUGCAGCCUCCUGCGGCGAGAUGCAUCUAUCAGCUUCAAGGCUAAGGGGAACAGCCUGGUGUCUGUGCUGGCCUGCACCCUCCUCAUGGCUGCCUACGAGGAGGACGAGAACUGGCCUGAGAUCUUUGUCAAGGUGUACAUCGAGGACUCCCUGGGGGAGCGCAUCUGGGUGGACAGCCCCCACUGCAGGGCCUUCGUGGACAACAUCCAGACGGCCUUCAACACCAAAAUGCCCCCCAAGAGCGUGUUGCUCCAGGGGGAGGUUGGACGCAGCGGGGGUGACCUCAGUGCGGGGAACAGCCCUCACCCCUCACUCACCGAGGAGGAGGACAGCCAGACAGAGCUGUUGAUCGCCGAGGAGAAGCUCAGCCCGGCGCAGGAGGGCCAGCUCAUGCCCAGGUAUGAGGAGCUCGCGGAGAGCGUGGAGGAGUACGUCCUGGACGUGCUCCGGGACCAGCUCAACCGGCGCCAGCCCAUCGACAGCGUGUCCCGCAACCUCCUGCGCCUGCUGACUGCCACCUGCGGCUACAAGGAGGUGCGGCUGGUCACUGUGCAGAAGCUGGAGAUGUGGCUGCAGAACCCCAAGCUGACCAGGCCCGCCCAGGACUUGCUGAUGUCUGUCUGCAUGAACUGCGACACGCAUGGCCCCGAGGACACGGACGUCAUCUCACACCUCGUCAAGAUCCGCCUCAAGCCCAAGGUCCUGCUCAACCACUACAUGCUGUGCAUCAGGGAGCUGCUGAAUGCACACAGGGACAACCUGGGCACCACGGUCAAGUUUGUGAUCUUCAACGAGCUCUCCAACGCCCGCAACCCCAACAAUAUGCAGAUCCUCCACACCGUGCUGCAGCACAGCUCCGAGCUGGCCCCGAAGUUCCUGGCCAUGGUGUUCCAGGACCUGCUGACCAACAAGGACGACUACCUGCGGGCGGCGCGGGCCCUGCUGCGGGAGAUCAUCAAGCAGACCAAGCAUGAGGUCAACUUUCAGGCCUUCUGCCUGGGACUCAUGCAGGAGCGCCGCGAGCCGCAGUACCUGGACAUGGAGUUCAAGGAGCGGUUCGUGGUGCACAUCACCGACGUGCUGGCCGUGGCCAUGAUGCUGGGCAUCACGGUGCAGGUGAAGGAGGCCGGCGCCGCCUGGGACAAGGGCGAGAAGAAGAACCUGGAGGUGCUGAGGGCCUUCCAGACUCAGAUCGCCGCCAUCCAGCGGGACGCCGUGUGGUGGCUGCACACAGUGGUGCCCUCCAUCAGCAAGCUGGCCUCCAAGGACUAUGUGCACUGCCUGCACAAGGUGCUGUUCACGGAGCAGCCCGAGACCUACUACAAGUGGGACAACUGGCCACCUGAGAGUGACCGCAAUUUCUUCCUCCGCCUCUGCUCCGAGGUGCCCAUCCUGGAGGACACGCUCAUGCGGAUCCUGGUCAUCGGGCUGUCCCGGGAGCUGCCGCUUGGGCCAGCCGACGCCAUGGAGCUGGCUGACCACCUGGUGAAACGCGCGGCCGCUGUGCAGGCGGAUGACAUGGAGGUGCUGAAGGUGGAGCGGGUGCAGCUGAUCGACGCCGUGCUUAAUCUCUGUACCUACCAUCACCCGGAGAACAUCCAGCUGCCCCCAGGCUACCAGCCCCCCAACCUGGCCAUCUCCACCCUCUACUGGAAGGCCUGGCCCCUGCUGCUUGUGGUCGCUGCCUUCAACCCUGAGAACAUCGGCCUGGCUGCCUGGGAGGAGUACCCCACGCUGAAGAUGCUCAUGGAGAUGGUGAUGACCAACAAUUACUCCUACCCGCCAUGCACCCUGACGGAUGAGGAGACGCGUGCUGAGAUGCUCAGCCGGGAGCUCCAGGUCUCCCAGCGAGAGAAGCAGGAGAUCCUGGCCUUUGAGGGUCACCUGGCCGCCGCCUCCACCAAGCAGACCAUCACGGAGAGCAGCAGCCUGCUGCUGUCCCAGCUGACCAGCCUGGACCCCCAAGGGCCCCCCCGGAGGCCUCCCCUGCACAUCCUGGACCAGGUAAAGGGCCUGAACCAGUCCCUGCGCCUGGGCCACCUGCUGUGUCGCAGCCGGAACCCGGAUUUCCUGCUCAACAUCAUCCAGCGGCAGGCGUCCUCGCAGUCCAUGCCCUGGCUGGCCGACCUGGUGCAGUCCAGCGAGGGGUCGCUGGACGUGCUCCCCGUGCAGUGCCUCUGCGAGUUCCUGCUGCAUGAUGCCGCUGAUACCACUGCCUCCGGGGAGGAGGAGGAGGAGGGCGAGAGCAAGGAGCGCAGGGCGAAGAAGCGGCAGAGGCAGCAGAAGCAGCAGCAGCUCCUGGGCCGCCUGCAGGACCUGCUGCUGGGCCCGAAGGCAGACGAGCAGACCACAUGCGAGGUGCUGGACUACUUCCUGCGGCGCCUGGGCUCCUCCCAGGUGGCCUCCCGUGUGCUGGCCAUGAAGGGCCUGUCCCUGGUGCUGUCGGAGGGCAGCCUGCGGGACGGGGAGGAGAAGGAGCCGCCGCAGGAGGAGCCAGGCCCUGUGGACGCGCUGCAGGGCUACCAGUGGCUGCUGCGGGCGCUGCCCCUGCUGCCCCUGUUCGCCAGCGUGAAGUCCAGCACGGCCCUGGCCCUGCAGCAGGCCAUCCACAUGGAGACGGACCCGCAGACCAUCAGCGCGUACCUGGUGUACCUGUCCCAGCACACACCCACCGAGGAGCAGAGCCAGCACAGCGACCUGGCGCUGGACGUGGCCCGGCUCAUCGUGGAGCGCUCCACCAUCAUGUCUCACCUCUUUGCCAAGCGCCCCUGCAGCGCUGCGUCCGACGCCGUGCUGUCUGCUCUGCUGUCCAUCUUCUCGCGCUACGUCCAGCGCAUGCGCCAGAGCAAGGAGGGGGAGGAGGUCUACAGCUGGUCCGAGUCCCAGGACCAGGUAUUCCUGCGCUGGUCGAGCGGGGAGACGGCCACCAUGCACAUCUUGGUGGUGCACGCCAUGGUCAUCCUGCUGACACUGGGGCCACCACGGGCCGGUGACAGCGAGUUCCGGGCCCUGCUGGACAUCUGGUUCCCGGAGAAGAAGCCAUUGCCCACGGCCUUCCUGGUGGACACGUCGGAGGAGGCGCUGCUGCUGCCCGACUGGCUGAAGCUGCGCAUGAUCCGCUCGGAGGUGCCCCGGCUGGUGGAUGCCGCCCUGCAGGACCUGGAGCCGCAGCAGCUGCUACUGUUCGUGCAGUCCUUUGGCAUCCCCGUGUCCAGCAUGAGCAAGCUCCUGCAGCACCUGGACCAGGCGGUGGCCCACGACCCCCAGACCCUGGAGCAGAACAUAAUGGACAAGAACUACAUGGCCCACCUGGUGGAGGUGCAGCAUGAGAGAGGGGCCACGGGGGGCCAGACCUUCCACUCCCUGCUCACGGCCGCCCUGCCGCCCCGGCGAGACAGUUCAGAGGCGCCCAAGCCCAAGAGCAGCCCCGAGCAGCCGGCGGGCCAAGGCCAGCUCCGUGCCAGUACACAGGUGCAGGCACUUGGACCCGAGGAUGACCUUGCCAGCAUGCUGCUGCAGAUCUUCCCCCUGAACCCCAGCCCUCGGUGCCCGAGCACCAAUGCCCGCCCCCUCGCCGUGGCGCUGCAGCAGGCCCUGGGCCAGGAGCUGGCGCGAGCCCGCCAGGGGGCCUCCGAGGGGCCAGGCGUGGGGCUGCGCCUGCUGCAGGCCCUGGCCACGCUGCUGAGCUCCCCACACGCCGGGGCCCUGGUGCUGGCCAUGCACCGCGCCCACUUCCUGGCGUGCCCACUGCUGCGGCUGCUCAGCCAGUACCAGCGCCGUGUGCCCCAGGACGCCGGCUUCUCCGCGCUCUUCCUCAAAGUGCUGACGCAGAUGCUGCCCUGGCUGGAGGGCCCCGCGGCCGAGGGCGGGCCCCUGCGAGCCCAGCUCAAGCUCUUCGCCACCCAGUUGUCGGCCAGGCGCAGGAUCAGCGACGUACGCAGCGGCUUCCUGCAGCUGGCGGAGGCCCUGGCGUUUCGUGGGGACCUGGAGGUGGUCGGCUCCACCGUGCGGGCUGUCGUCGCCACUCUCAAGGCCGGGGCACCCUGUGCGGCCGAGCCAGAGCUCCUCAGCAAAGUGCUCCGCGGCCUGGUGGAGGUGAGGUCGCCUCACCUGGAGGAGCUCCUGUCUGCCUUAUUCUCCUCUGCGGCCGCGGGCCCAGCCUCCAGGCCCGUUGCGGUGGUGAGCUCCUUGCUGCUGCAGGAUGCUGAGGCCCCGGGCCCGGGGGAGCUGGAGGCCAGCAACGGCAGCCUGGAGACCCCCGUGCGCUUGGGCCCUUGCUCAGGGCUGCUCGUCGACUGGCUGGAGAUGCUGGACCCCGAGGUGGUUGGCAGCUGCCCUGACCUGCAGCAGAGGCUACUCUUCUCCCGGGCCAAGGGCGGAGGCCACCCCGCACCCCAGGUGCCGUCGUUUCGCCCCUACCUCCUGGCUCUGCUCACGCACCAGUCCAACUGGUCCACCCUGCACCAGUGCAUCCGCGUGCUGCUGGGCCGCAGCUGGGAGCAGAGGUUUGACCCUUCUGCCUCUCUGGACUUCCUGUGGGCCUGCAUCCACGUCCCUCGAAUCUGGCAGGGGAGGGACCAGCGCACCCCUCAGAAGCGGCGAGAGGAACUGGUGCUGCGCGUGCAUGGCUCGGAGCUGCUGGGCCUGGUGGACCUGCUACUGGCGGAGGCGGAGGCCCGGGGCCAGGACGUGGGCGCCACCUGCAGCCUCCUCCAAGCCCGGCUGCCUCUGCUGCUGAGCUGCUGCCGCGGGGACAGCGAGGGCGUGAGGAAGGUGGCCGCGCACCUGACCAGCCGCAUCCAGCAGCAGGGAGACAGCACGCUGGGGGGACCCUGCCGAGACCUGCUCCUGCAGCUCUACCUGCAGCGGCCCGAGCUCCGCCUGCCCGCACCCGAGGUCCUGCUGUGCGGCCAGGGCGCCACAGCUAGCAGCGUCUGCACGCUGGACAGUCUGAUCCACCGCUUCAUCACCCUCCUGGCCGACACUGGUGACUCGCGGGCGUCCGAAAACCGGGUCGCCGACGCCAACAUGGCCUGCCGGAAGCUGGCCGUGGCCCACCCCAUCCUGCUGCUCAGGCACCUGCCCAUGAUGGCCGCGCUCCUGCACGGCCGCACGCACCUCAACCUGCAGGAGCUGCGCCAGCAGGGACACCUCAGCUUCUUCCUGCACGUGCUGGGGCUGCUGGAGCUGCUGCAGCCGCAGGUCUUCCAGAGCGAGCACCAGGGGGCGCUGUGGGACUGUCUGCGCUCCUUCAUCGGCCUGCUGGUGAACUACCGGAAGUCAUCCCGAGUGCUGGCGCCCUUCAUCAGCAAAUUCGUGCAGUUCACGCACACGUACAUGGCCUGCAACGCCCCGGCCGCCGUCUCCUUCCUGCAGAAGCAUCUGGACACGCUGCACGACCUGUCCUUCGAUGGCAGCGACCUGUCCAUGCUGAAGUCGCUCCUCGCGGGGCUCAGCGUCCCCAACAAGGGCAGCAGAGCUGGCCACGGCACGGACGAGGAGGGAGAGGCUGCUGCUCCUGCAGACGAGAGCGCCCCCGGCUCCCUGCCCCUGGUCAGCGUCUCCCUCUUCACCCCGCUCACCGCCGCUGAGAUGGCACCCUACAUGAGGAGGCUGUCCCGGGGCCAGACUGUCGAAGAUGUGUUGGAGGUCCUGGGGGACAUCGAUGAGAUGUCCCGGCGCAGACCCGAGGUCCUGGGCUUCUUCUCGACCUGCCUACAGCGGCUGAUGAGCUCGGCCGAGGAGUCCUGCCGCCACCUGGCCUUCAGCCUGGCGCUGCGCUCCAUCCAGAGCAACCCCAGCAUCGCCGCCGACUUCCUGCCCACGUUCAUGUACUGCCUGGGGAGCCGGGACUUCGAGGUGGCCCAGACGGCGCUGCGGAGCCUGCCCGAGUACGUGCUCCUGUGUCCAGAGCACGCGGCUGUGCUGCUGCACCGGGCCUUCCUGGUGGGCAUGUAUGGCCAGGUGGACACCAGCGCCCAGAUCUCCGAGGCCCUGCGGGUACUGCACAUGGAGGCUGUGAUGUGAGUCCGCUGACCCUUCAGAGCGUCACUGUGUCUCCACGUCCAGCCUGGGAAGCUCCGUCCCAGAUCCCAGAGACCUCCCCAGGAAGAGGAGAGGCAGGCACCUGUCACC